AGGAAAAAAAAAAAAAAAAAAAUCUUUUUUAUUUUCUCUGUGAAAAAAUGAUGUGGAGCGAGUGGUAUGAUGUUGAACAGCGUCAGGACGAGGAGGACGAGUCGUAUGAGAGGUCUCAUGUUAAUUUCGAUGUCUUUUCUAUGCAAUCAAACCCUAAGGAUUAUUACAAAAUUUUAGAAGUGGGUUACGAUGCCUCUGAUGAAGUAAUUCGAUCCAAUUACAUUCGUCUUGCUUUGAAAUGGCAUCCUGAUAAGAAGAAGAAUGAGGACAGUGCUACUUCUAAGUUCCAAGAAAUAAAUGAGGCUUAUAAGGUAUUGAGUGACCCCUUAAAACGGCAUGAAUAUGACAAGAAUGGGAUGCUUUUUUCAUAUGAUGGCAAUAUCUCGGAGUACCUCAGCCUUUAUAAGAGCCUCAUUCUUACAUGCAAUGGCCUCGGAAUGAAAUGUUCGAUAUGGUGAUCUUUUAUUUCGGCUGCCUUCUUUGAAUAUGUAGCAAGCAUUUUUUUGUGGACUUGCAAUGCAUUGCAAUAUCUGAACUUUCAGCAGUUGGACAUGUAGAAAGGCUGAAGUCGGAGAGGCAUUUUGUUCUUCGUUUUGGUUGUAAAUUUGAUAUGAUACAUGGUUAGGCACUUUCUACUGUCCUUGCCCCAUUGUAUAAGUUGAAAACUGAUGGUUGUCUUGUUGUAUUAGUAAAUCGUAAGAAGCAUUUUGAAUAAAUAAUCAUUGGCAGCUUCCUUGUGAAAAAUAGUCUUUCAGUGUUUUUUCAAGUCUCAACCUUUAAAUAGAUUGUUGAAUUCUGCUUCUGGAUGGAUUUCAGCUAAUGAAUUAAUG